AUGGCUCAUCAGAGAGCUCUCCCCCAAAGCAAAGAAGCUUUACUCAAGUCCUACACUAGUCGACUGAAAGAUGAUGUCAAGUCCAUGCUUGAAAAUUUUGAAGAAAUAGUCAAGUUGGCGAAAGGAGAAAAUGAGACUCAACUAAACCGCUUUACUCAGUGUGAGCAGGACACUUAUGAAAUGCACGUAAGGGCAGCUAAUAUGGUUCGAGCUGGUGAAUCGCUCAUGAAACUUGUAUCUGAUAUCAAGCAGUACCUAAUCCUUAAUGACUUCCCUUCGGUCAAUGAAGCUAUCGCUCAGAAUUCCAAAUUAAUGAGGACCAAACAGGCGGAGUGCGAUCAAAAACUGAUGAACCUGAGGGACGACAUGGCUGCGGAUCUUUACGAUUUGGAAGAGGAAUACUACAAUUCUAUUUACAAAGGCUGA